ACUGCCAUAAAACAGUGGGGAAGAAAAAUAAAGGAAAAACUCCCGAGCGCUCGAAAGCAAAAUAAAAGUUCGCCCCGAAGAAGAUCACGGAACGGGACCGGUUCACAGCUGUGCGGAAAAACGCGAAAGAAACGCAAUCUCACCAUGUCACCGAUGAUCAGUGUGGAGGUCCCCGAUACGGUCACGAUCAACAUUUCCAACUCACAGAAUGAUACCAUUUCGUUCGAACGGAAGUACAGCCGCUCGUUAAAGAUUUACGAGUUUAAGGCGAAGCUGGAACCCAUCACCGGUGGCAGUGCGGGCACGAUGCGGCUCGAGCUGUACAGCGGGGAGCGGCUGGUGUGCCGGCUGGACGGGGACAGCCAGCCGCUCGGCAGCUACCCGAUCGAGGACGGCAUGCGGGUGCACGUGAUCGACCAGUUCCCGUGCCUGCAGGAGAACGUGCCCAAGUUCGAGCUGUCGCUGGAGGAGUACGACAAGAAGGAGGACAGCCUGCGCAGCUUCCUGAAGAAGAACAAGCUCGGCAAGUACAACGCGGAGGAGAUGGCGAAGCAGGAGGAGGAGCGCAAGCGCCAGGAGGAGGAAGACCGCCAGAAGGUGGACGGGACGGCGAUCGGGGCCCGGUGCCGGGUGACGGCGAAGAACAAUCCCGUUCGGCUCGGCACGGUCAUGUACAAGGGCCCGCUGGACGGGAAGCCGGGCCUGUUCUUUGGCGUCAAGUUCGACGAGCCGCUCGGCGUGAACGAUGGCACGAUGAACGGGAAGCGAUACUUCGACUGCGGUCCCAAGUACGGCAGCUUCGUCGCACCGAAGGCGGUCGAGGUGGGCGACUUUCCGCCGGAAGAGUUUUCCCUGGACGAUGAGUUGUAAGGGACCCCUCCCCCCCGGGACGAUCCGGAUGUAGGGUUUUGGGCAUUCCAACGGAGUGGGUGUGCGUGUGUGUGUGCGCCUUUUUGCACGCUUUGCCAGAGUGAUAUGAGCGAAAGGGAGCAGGACGGCCGAUCAUCCUCCGCGGUGGGCGGGUUGUACUGGCGACUGUCUCCCAGCUGGGCACAACGUCUCGUCUAUUUAUUAAGCUGUCUCUCUUUCGAAGCUAACCCGUAUGCAACUAACAUUAACUAAGAUCUAGUAAGGCGUAAUCUGAGACACUUCUUUUGAUAUUGUCGCUGCAAAGAUUGUGCAAAUUGUUUUUUUUUAGAAAUAAAAACAUAAUCCGACCGAACGCGUCAGCGUUUUCAAUGGAUCGAUAAGCUGUAUCGUAACACAA